AAUUAACUGCGUAGGUUUUUGUUUUUCUUAUCCUAAUGAAAAAGAUGGAAUUUUGAGCAAUAUUAUUCAUCUCUGCAUCUGCCUUUUUAUUUUUCGAGAUACUCCUCAAUCUGGGUUGACAGGGUUUUUAGGAUUUAGGGACUGAUUUUUUUAGGCUUGAGUGAACAUGGAUGAGGUUGAAGAAGCUAACAAAGCAGCUGUUGAGAGCUGCCACGGAGUUCUCAGCCAUUUGUGUCAACCUAAGGGCCAGGUUCAUUGUAAAAAUUUACUGGCGGAAACUGAGGAGGCUGUGUUCAAGUUCAAGAGAGUUGUGUCUCUUCUGGGCGGUGGCUUAGGCCAUGGAAGAGUGAGAAAGUUGAAGAAGUUCAAGCCGCCACCUUUGCCUCAGAACAUCUUCCUAGAUGGCCCUAAUUACAGAUUAGAUAUUUCAACAAAACCCCUCCAAUUACUCCCACCUAAUUCUCUUGAAAACCGACGCGCAGAAAAGGAUUCUAAGUAUGGAAGUUCUCUGCAGCACACACACAGCCAGAAAGUGUUUCUUGGAAACCCAGUAGUGGAUUUGGAAAUGAAAAUCAAGCUCCCUCUCCAAAUUCCCAAAACAAAACCAUUGCAACAGUAUCAUUUCCUCGAACAGAAGCAUGACCAUCAGCAAGAGAUACAAAGAUUGCAGCUUCAGCCCCAACAGUUGAAAUAUCAGGCUGAUACAAUGUACUCUGGGAGAAACCGUGGCAUCAACCUUGCAUUUGAUAGGUCCACUACCCGCACUCCCUCCAUGUCGUCAGCCAGAUCAUUUGUAUCAUGUUUGAGCAUGGAUGGUGGUGUGGCUAACACUCACUGCGAUUCGUUCCAACUAAUCCGCGGUGUGCCUCAGCCGCCUGAUCGGAUCUCACAACAACAAAGGAGGUGCAAUGGUGCCGGGGAAAACGGAACUGUAAAAUGCGGCAGUAGUGGUAAAUGCCAGUAUCCAAAGAAGAGGAAAGUGAGGGUGAAAAGAUCGUUUAAGGUUCCUGCCAUUAGUAACAAGAUUGCAGACAUUCCAGCUGAUGAAUAUUCAUGGAGGAAAUAUGGGCAGAAGCCAAUUAAGGGUUCCCCCUAUCCUAGGGGAUACUAUAAGUGCAGCAGCAUGAGAGGGUGUCCCGCGAGGAAACAUGUUGAGAGAAGCCUUGAAGACCCCGCUAUGCUUAUCGUCACCUAUGAAGGCGAGCACAAGCAUUCACCAUCUGACCAGUGAGGGUGAGUGCCGUCGUUGACAUUAUCCUGUACUGCUACUAGUAUAAACAUUCAGCUUCAGACAGACGGAAGAAACAUAAGCCAACUAGCAUAUUUACAUGUGAAAUAUAAUCUGUGGAUCCCAGAUCUGCAUAUCGAUGAAUGGUGUUUCUAUUUGCCUUGAGAUAACGGAAUGGUUUCUAUUCGAGUAAAUAGAUUUCCUCUUUUUUGGGCAAAGCCUGAAUAGCGAAGCCAAUUGUUUAUACCA